CAUUGCUGGCGCACACCCCGGAAGCUGGGGACGUUGGCAGCAGCGGCUACUACCGUGCUGGACCCGUACGUUGAGGCUCGGCCAUGAAUUUGUCGCGGACAGCAGUAGCGGCUGCGAACUGGGUAUCCAAGUCUUUGCCACGUCCCCUCUGCUAACGGAUCAGAUUUUAACAUGGCAGGAAGACAUCAGAAUCGUAUUUCUCUCCCAGCAGUUCAGUCAAGUGCUCAAGGACAUGCUUUUGGAAAUUGUAUAGACAGUGAUAUGCUAGAAGAAGAUGCUGAAGUGUAUGAGCUUCGAUCUAGAGGAAAAGAGAAAGUUCGAAGAAGUACAUCAAGAGAUAGACUUGAUGAUAUUAUUGUGUUAACGAAAGAUAUACAGGAAGGAGAUACUUUAAAUGCAAUAGCCCUUCAGUACUGUUGCACAGUAGCAGAUAUAAAGAGAAUUAACAAUCUCAUCAGCGAUCAAGACUUUUUUGCCCUUAGGUCUAUCAAAAUUCCAGUUAAAAAGUUUAGUUCGUUGACUGAAACAUUGUAUACCCCAAAAGGAAGACAAGCUUCCCGUCCUUAUGUUCAAUAUGCUCCUGAACCCCAGGAAAUUUUGCCAGCUGACUCUCUUUCCUCCAGUGAGUCAGCUGGCAGCUUUUUAAAAGAAGUAGACCGAGACAUAGAACAACUAGUGAAGUGUACAGACACCAAGAAAGAGAACCUGAAUGAGGUGGUAUCUGCUUUGACGGCACAACAAGUUCGUUUUGAACGUGAUAACAAAACUACGCAACCUAAGGAUCCCUACUAUGGAGCAGACUGGGGAAUAGGUUGGUGGACAGCUGUAGUGAUAAUGUUGAUAGUUGGUAUUAUAACACCAGUAUUUUAUUUGCUAUAUUAUGAAAUUUUAGCUAAAGCAGAUGUUAGUCAUCAUUCAACAGUGGACUCUUCACAUUUGCAUUCGGGAAUCACACCUCCGUCACAACAUAGGGAAAUGGAAAAUGUAAUUUCUCCAACUAAAGGAGUACAUAUUGGCCAACAAGAAGACCAGAUACUGUAUAGCCAGGAUUCUCAUUCACCUGUGCUCAACACAAAACAUAGCACUUAGCUCAUAGUCACUGUGUUAAUAAUUACAUACAUCUAGAAUGUGUUUACUCAGUUAUAUCCAGUACCCACUUCAGAUGCAGACUUUAGGGAGAUUAAGGUGCUUUUCUUACCUUCCUAAAAUUUAAGCCAUUUAAAAGUGUUAUCAGAUCCCUACGGUUGAAGAUGUUAUUACUGAGCUGGCAAUCCAGGUGUUAAUAUGAAUACUUAAAGAAUUUGAAUACGUGUUUAGGAAGUUCUUUCUUGGAAUACAUGUUUCAUUAUUCGAGAUUAUGUUAAAUUUUAUCUUUUAAGUCAUUUUUGAUUAAGGUUUUGAUAAAUUUGUGAAAUAGAAUGAUAGUCUCUGAUGUCUGCAGCUGAAGAAAAUUUUGUACUGUGACCCACCACAAAAUUUAAUUGCGAAAAAAGUAUGGUUCUGCAGUUAUUUGAUAGCAAGACUCCAUAUUUGAAAUUUUAAAAACAUGCUUAUGCAGCAAAUGUACUAUGAAAUCUUAAACAGAAACAAAUGGAAACAUAAUGUGUAAUUUAUGUAACAAAGACUAGGACAUUGAUUAAAUAUUUUUAAGACCCC